CCAAGCCAGUGUACGUCAAGCGCGCUCUGUGCGGUUGUGUUGGUUGCUGAAGCCGUUUUGCUGUGCUUUCGUCGUAACCUCUGCUACUGUGAGCUGUUGAAAGGCAUGGACGGUUCCCCGAAGUGGUACCAGAACCCCCUGUUUGACCGGUACUGGCACCACUACCGGGAGACUCUCGGCUGGUUCCAGCGGCACAAGCAGGUCCUGUACGAGCUCGAGCAUGGUGUCGAGAGCUCGUGCGAACGGGAUGGUGCUUGCGAGCGCCGAAGCGGCUCCAAGCGCUGGCAGGGCAGGUACGACGAGAGCAGGAAGCGCCGUCGUAGCGUGGCGGAGCCCCCUUCGCCUUUGUGCGGUGACGAAGAAGACUACAGCGACGACCAGCAUGGCCCCGAGGAAGAGCUGGAGAUGGAGGUCACCGAGGAGAUGAUUGCCUUCUUUGCCCAGAGCGAGAGGCAUCGCAGAGAGCUCAGAGCAGCCAGGGAGUCCAGAGACAACGAAGACAAGGCAAGGGAAGAGGGCAGCACAGCUUUGUCGGGACCCCGGCCCAACGACGGGCCGAUGUCGGCCGGACAGCGGCUGUCUCGGCGCACGGCGGAGAUGAAGAGCCUGUACGGCAAGAGUGCGGCCAUGAUUCACGGCAUGGAGACGGCCAUGCAGCUCUCGUGCGACCGCUUCCGGGACACAAAGCAGCCCAAGCACUGGCCCAACAUACCGCUCAAGUUGUAGCACCAAGAACAACAUUGUUUUUUUGUUUUUUUUUCAUCUUCACUAUUGGAGCCUGUAUUUGUAUGAUGGACUGCCCGAGCUCGGCCUUUGAACGCUGUCAGUCGAAUUGACACUGAACUCCCAAGAAACAUCUUCUUUUUAAGGGGGGACACUGGCUAGAGUUUUAACUUCUGAAGUACCCGAGUGAUCGGAAUGAAAUGUGCGGGGAAGAUUUAACAUCAGAUGUAGGUGUAUUGUCCAAACUUUCAACUCUUUAAGACAAUUUUAGAUACCUGCAUAAGAAGAUGCGUCAUUCUUCUUUAAGAGAUCUAUGAUGUGCAAAUGAAGCUAUUAAGCACCAUUUGGACAGCUUGAAUAUAAAGUGGGGGAUGUGGAACUUUGGACUAUUUUGUUUUUCAAACUCAAAUAUGAAUUUAGAAAGAAUUAUUACCUCGAAAAAUGAGAUGCAUUUCUGUCCUAUGUAAAUUUUUGAAAACUUAGCUUUUUUUUCAGUUGGGACUUCAAUUUAAAACAAGGUAAAGUGGAUAGCGCUAUCCCCCAGUAAAUAUAAGUUCAGAGACAUUUUGAUAGCGGUGUCAGAAUACUUUUACCUUCGAACAAUAGAUUCCUCCGCAUGAAAUUUGCGGCAAAAAAGUGGAACUGAGAAAAAUGCAUUCAAACAUUGAACUCCUUUACUUUUUUACUGCCUCACAAUCUGUUGAAAAUACUUUAUAUCAACAUAACUGUUUGGCGUACGGUUAUCAAAUUUACUGUAAGGGUGAAUAAAUAAUUCCUAAAACCAAAAACCUUAAAUUUGAAAAUUGAAAUUUUUUCAAAACAAUUUGAAACAUAGGCCUAUGUUUCCCCUAAUUAUGUGGAUAGCUCGUGUACUAUCAUAGACACUAUGAGCCGAAACAGUCCUUUGUGUUUCUUCACUGUACCUGCUGGCUUUUGAAAACGGUGUGAUGCGAUUUAGGAAUGGAACGCAUGUCUGAGAUCCGUACUUCUGACUUUUUGAGAAAUUGAAAGAUAGCAGAGCUUGCGGGGCCCGCAGAUGUAGAAAAAGGCCGGGUCUGGUGUCUCGGCUCAUAUUGUCUGCAAGGGUACCUACGUUGCGAGACAAACUUUUCCCCCUCCCCUCUCAAAUACAAAAAUUAUUGGAGCACUAUCUUCGUCGCGCGACUCGUUUCAGCGGUCCCGAAAACUGCCUCCAUUUUGGCAUCAACGUCCAAAGUAGAAGCUCGUUCCAGAACUCCUAAAGAAACAUUUUUUUUCUAGAAAAUUUAUUUUCGAACAUAUUGAUUUGCUCACAAUAAAAAAGGUUCUAGAGUUCACCGUUUCGCUAAGGGGCCAAAUGCAGGAGUCAAAUAUCCGCACUUGUAUGAACCUUACGGGAGUACACUGUGCUGCGUCCAAUCACUAGAGUUUCACGAAAUGCCAUUGGAAGUUUUCCUGUAAACGUUACGCACUGCGUAGGAAAGACGUGGACGCGUGGUGUUUGGGACGCUUGAGUUUUUAAUUAAGUGUGAAUACUAAUUAACUUUAUAAUCCGUAAACACAAAGGCAUGUCCUCAUUACAUGAUUGCACAGCAUUAUUGGAAGCCACAAAAUAAGUCGCUUAUAGUCAGAAUUAAAGCAUGUUCGCAAAUGCGUCCAUUUCAAUGUACUGCCGGUGUUUGAGCCUACUCUUUGCCGCAUUAUAGUGACAACAACUUAGACCUCGGAGGCACAUUUUAAUGGCUGCUAAUUUUCCAUUGAUAGGCAAAGAAAUGCCAAUACCGCAACAUAACUUUCAGAUCAAGCUUUUUUUUUUUUUUUGUCGAGUUUCAAAUGCGAUUUAUUUAGUAGUUUCUCAUAUUAAGGCCCGUUCACACACUUGCGACCUUUUAGAAAACCGGGUGCCUUGGAACCUCUUAAUAUCUUGUUCAACAAGAGGACACACUGGCGUUAUCUAUUGGGUAGCAGUGUAAACCUGGUGGUCUGGCAUAUUUUCUAUUUCCCUUGCGCAUUAUCCUUUCUUUCUUGGCUCAAAAAACUUUUGUCAAUGUUAUAAACGAGCCUUUCUUAUAGGUAUUACGCGCAUCUGACCUCGGAAAUCCUGCAAAACCUUGGUUCUUGUGAAAUGCAGUUCCAGGGUCACCGCAUAGAUGGCACCAGGAUGCCAGUGUGUUCUCUCGUCCUAAAAAAUUUUAAUAGGUUUCGACAGGUCUCGUCUCUCUCGGUCGUACUCGGUUGCAAGAUUGUGAACGGGCCUUUAACGAGCAAAUUUCUAACUGAACAUCUUGUGGCAAUCAUUAAUAAGCAUCUCCUCUUUUCUUUGAACGCAUAGCAUUUGCAGGUAAACUUAGGUUGGCAUUUUGUGAACCGCCUUGUAGCACAUACUGUUCCCGAGGGAGUACUUGUCCUCCUCAAGGCCCUCGCCAUUUCUCUGUGCCAAAUUCGAAACCGAAGUUGACUUGUCAUAGACAUUCAUCAUCCCAGAGAUUACAUCCUUCACACAGCUGGCCCUUCAAUGUACCCCCCCUCCCUCUCAUAUAUUGCAGAAAGGAGCUAGAGAGACAACCGUUCUGGACGACGAGCCAUAAUUGCAUGCCAUGUUGAAGUGCCGUAACACUCCUACCUGACCUGUUACGAGAGAAAAUGAGGGGUCCACUCAUCUUCACCAGUCAGGAAUCACUCGAUGCAAGGAAGACUAAUUUUUUUGACUUGUCCAAUGGGGUUCAGUGAUCAACAGCUUGUGUGUGACCUUAACCUCAGUAAACAAACCAAACGUUGCUCAUGGAAAUGCCGAAUUCAUUUUGUUAGCAAUCUUGCUUAAACUUUAGUGUAAGAACAACCCUAAGUACCAUUGUUCUCUCUUUAAAACUUUGUUUGUUGACCUAUUUGUUAAGUAAUACUACAACAAAAUUUUUUAGAAAUUGGAAGGGGGCUGCAUUCUCCGGGAGAUCAACACUCGAAUAUAUUUAGAGUGGCACAAGCGAACCUUACGCUGUAAAACGAGCCAGAAAAAUUGGUGUCUGUGCAAAGAAACCUCAAACUUUCAUUGAAUGUGCACUGACCGGGACAGUCUUACCGUGUGAAAUUUCAAGGUGUAGUUAGUUCUCUACCUGAAAAAAGUGAGGGCAACAAACUUGCCAAAGUCAAGGUUGGUUGCAUUUGCAGACGACCAAGUCAGCGAGGCUAUUUACUUGCGGCACCGUCUCCUGAUGGGGGCAGGGAGCAGACGACGCACUCUGUCGUCUGCUUGCUUCGCCUAUCGGGGGGUGGCGACACAAGUUAAUUUCGCCACUAACUCAGUCUUCUGCGAACGUGCCCAACAUUGACUUUAGCAGGUUUGUUGCUCUCUAUUUUUACAGAAGGAGAACUAUCCCUUGAAAUUUCACACGCCAAGACUGAACUGCUCGUUGCGCAUUCUGUGAGAGUUUGAACUUUCUUUGAGCAGGUGCCAAUUUUUCUCGGUUUGUUUCAGAAUGUCGGGUUCGCUUGUGCCACCCUAGAUAUGAACCGUGCUGAGACACUCUUGUCACCGCCAUUCUUUACGGUACUUAUGACUGCUAGCUGAAAUCUUUCUGCCACGAGGCAAUAUAAUGUGCAGCAUGGUUGCACAAACUCCCAAGCUGUACCAACAUUGCAAAUAUAGUCAUGUCUCGUUAAUAUGGACCCUGCUGAUAUGGAUACCCUGCUACAUGGACACCACCUUCGGGGACCAACCGGGAGAAUACAUGCAUUUUUGUCUCAAUAUGGACAACUCGCAUUAUGGACGAUUUUUUGUGGGAACGGAGGUGUCCAUAUUAACGAGACAUCACUGUAUAAGCACGUUCAUAACAUGGACGUUUAGUAAGGCAUCAACUUUUUAUUCAGCUCUGGUGUGCAGCUUUGCAUUGUUGGUUGGUGAACAGUUAAUCAAGGGUGCAGUUUGUGUGUGAUCAUGCCUUUCUGAGAGCAUGCAAGGGUCAGAUUUUGACAUUUCCCAGAUACAGGUUUUGUUCAAUUGGUGAUUUUAUCAACUCAUCUUUCCCAGUGAGUGAUGCAAUGCGUGUAAAGAGCAUUCUGAUGGGUAGCUGCCAUGUGUCCCAGCUUCCUAUGUAGGAGUGCUUCUUUAGUGGAACAAUGUACAUUCUUGUCCAAGGCUGAGUGUGGGCAGGUGCCCUACCCUGUACAUACUUUAUUUGUGUCCGCUCGAAACAGUUUGUAAGGUGUGACUAUGUGUUUGAUUAAGUUUUUAAAUUGCCGUGUGUUUAUCACACACACUCACAUUCUUUUGUGUGUGAGAUUUUAUGUCUGACAAUUGCUGUACACAUAUGGCAACUUGAAUAAAGGAUGUGUGAGAAGAAGGUUCAUUAAAAGUUUUAGUA